AAUACUACUUGAAGAAGCUAGCUACUUCGUACUACUUAAGCUUGAAUCUAUUAUUUAGUUGAACAUACAUAAAUCUCUAUCAACUCAAAUUUAAUUUCAAGUGUUUUUAUUAACGAUCAUCAAUUACGUACAUUGUAUACGAAAAUGACAACGGUUACAGAGAUGAGAGUUCACAUGUGUUGUCCUGGAUGCGAAAGUAAGAUCAAGAAAACAUUAGAUAGGAUGAAAGGAGUGGAUGGAAUUGAAAUAGACAUGGGAAUGCAAAAAGUAACAGUAACUGGAAGUGCAGAGCAAAAGAAAGUAGUAAAAGCAGUGAGAAGAACAGGAAGAAGAGCAGAACUAUGGCAAUUUCCUUAUAACCCAGAACUAAGGAGUUAUACUCAUCAAUACCCUAAUCAAUGCCAAAGCAACGGGUCAUCAACCGGGUCAUAUGGUGGUGGCGUACAAGCUCAACCAACCUCAUCUUACAAUUACUUCAAGCAUGGGUAUGAUGGACAUGAAUCUCAUGGUUAUAACAACUUCAACAACCCUUCCCUUUCUUCUUCGUCGUUUGCGACCACCCGAACAGGGGACGCCUUCAGUGAUGAGAACCCUAAUGCUUGCUCAGUAAUGUGAUAUAACUAGUGUGUGGCUCGGGCGAUGCCCUGAUCGCUACAUUGAAUAGUUAAAAUUUUAGAUUUUUUUGAGCUCAAUAUUUGACGAAAUGCAUGUGUAUCAUAAAGUGAAAAACAUCAAUUAAGUUUGUUAAUUACACAGAACACUACGUCAUUUAUCAUGUCAA